GUGAAAGUUUUUCAAAUGGUGUUCAUUGAAGUGGAAGGUUUCAGAGAAUUCAAAAAUUAUUUAUAAUAAUAGUAUUUUAUGGUGAUACUGUGAUAAUAAUUAUGUGUUGUGUAGAAUAGGAAUUAUUGAAUUAUUGAUAAGUGAUUUUUGCAAUAUGGUAUCCCGAAGCAACAAAGUGAAUCCUGAUUUGAUUAGGGAAAGGCAAAACUGUACUUUUGAUACCCUAGAGUUGACUCAUUUGUUGGAUGGUGGAAUAGAAAGAACCAAUGACAGGAAAAAUCGAGAGAAUUUCUUCUUAAAUGAUCCUGAGUUACAAUCAAAGGUACCAUCAGAAUAUUUGAGCCACAAAGAGAAAUAUGAAGAAGCUGUUAAAAAGGCUGCAAUUAUAUUCAGAAAAGUACAACAACUUCAAAAUGAAGGCAGAGGAGGGAUGGACAAUUUUAGAGAGAUUCUUGGGGGCCAACUUGGUUCUGCUAUUCUGAAAGAUGGCAACCCACUUACUCUGCAUUAUGUUAUGUUCAUCCCAACAUUAAUGGGCCAGGGAAAUGUUGAACAACAGGCAGAAUGGAUACAAAGAGCAUGGAGUUGUGACAUAAUUGGAACUUAUGCACAGACUGAAUUGGGUCAUGGUACCUUUAUAAGAGGACUUGAAACUACUGCCACUUAUGAUCCUACAACAGAAGAAUUUGUACUCAAUAGUCCUACCAUAACUGCAUACAAAUGGUGGCCUGGGGGAUUGGGACAUUCAGCAAACUAUGCUGUGGUUGUAGCACAACUUUAUACUCUGGGUAAAUGCUAUGGAAUUCAUCCAUUCAUUGUUCAGUUGAGAGAUGAAGAAACACACCAUCCUCUACCUGGAAUCAAAAUUGGAGAAAUUGGAUGUAAAUUAGGAAUGAACAGUACGAACAAUGGGUAUUUAGGGUUAGAGAAUGUAAGGAUACCCAGAAAACAUAUGUUGAUGAAGAACAGUCAAGUUUUAACUGAUGGUACAUAUGUAAAAUCUCCAAGUAGUAAAUUGACAUAUGGUACCAUGAUUUUUGUGCGAGUAGUGUUAGUACAAGAUGCUGCCACCUAUCUUAAGAAAGCAUGCACAAUUGCUACUAGAUAUAGUGCUGUAAGGCAUCAAUCACAAAUAAAACCUGAUGAUCCUGAACCCCAAAUUAUGGACUUCCUAACUCAGCAAUAUAAACUAUUUCCAUUUAUUUCUGCAAGUUUUGCCUUCCAGUAUGCUGCCACUUGGUUAUGGAAUACCUACAAUAAUGUAACAGGGGAACUAGAAACAGGACAAUUAGAUAAUCUUCCAGAACUACACAGCACUGCUUGUGCUUUAAAGGCUGUAUCUACAGCAGAUGCAGCAAGAGGUAUUGAAAUUUUACGCCUAGCUUGUGGAGGUCAUGGCUACAUGACAUCUUCUAAUUUACCUUCCACUUAUGGCCUUGUUACUGCUAUGUGUACAUAUGAAGGCGAAAACACAGUUCUCCUAUUACAAACUGCUAGGUUCCUCAUAAAAAUAUGGCAGAACAAACAGGAUAUUCAGAACUUACCUACAGUUAAAUACUUGGAGACAGCUCUCACAUUGAAUAAUCCAUUUGAAAAAUCUGUUAAAUGGAUCAUUUCUGCUUUACAACAAACAGCUGCAAGUAAAAUUGAUUUGGCCAAUAGGCACAUUAAUGAUAGGGUGCAGGCAGGUCAAGCAUAUGAGACAGCUUGGAACAAUACCUCUAUCGAAUUAGUGGCAGUUGCUGAUAUUCAUGGAAGAACUAUUAUAGUAGAAACAUUCUAUAACACAAUACAAAGCCUUAAGGGGACUGUUUCACCACAGUUAGGAACUGUUCUUGAACAACUUCUGGAGUUGUAUGCAGUUGACACGGCUUUGAAAUGUAGCGGGGAUCUACUUAGGUUUACGGCACUUGAAGGAAGACAUAUGGUAGUUCUUCAGGCAUGGAUGGAAAGCCUUUUAGCUGCCAUCAGGCCAAACGCAGUGGGAAUUGUUGACAGUUUUGACUUCCGUGAUGAGGUGCUCUCAUCAGCCCUGGGGGCUUAUGAUGGUAAUGUUUAUGAACGAUUACUGGAAGAAGCCCAGAAGAGCCCUUUGAAUGAAGAGCCAGUGAACAAAUCGUUCGAUUUGUAUUUGAAACCGUUUAUCAAAUCAAAUUUGUAAAUAUCAACUAUAAGUAAUUGAGGGACCAGUCUAAUGACUAAUUUGGCAAUCCAAAUGUAUUUUUAUAUAUCAAAACCGUCCUGUUGAGAGCAGAUAAAUCAAUAAGUGGGUAUUCAGUUUUAGUUAAAAUAAAUGGUGUUGAUAUUUGUUGAAUAAAAAUUUAAAAACACU